AUGGGUUCAAGAUUCGGCCCCCCGUGUAAAGUCAGGCAGUGUUCUGAAUGUGAGGGGGACACAGAAUUCUACUGUAACACAUGUGAACAUGACCUGUGUCUACUGUGUAAAGAGAGACAUGUUAUUGAUCUAGAUACCAUAUACCAUGAUGUUGUGAUUUACCGUGAGAAAUUUGAAUACAUUACAAAACAAGAGACUUGUGAGAGACAUCCAGGCAUGUUUUAUCAAAAGUACUGUCAUUCUUGUAAAAUUUCUAUCUGUUCCCACUGUGUAGAACACGGACAUUACGACAUACAAGACAUUAGAACAGCAUACAAAACAAACCGUCAAGAACACAGUGAAAUCAUUCACAACAUCAGAAGUGAGACUCUCUAUAACAGUUCUUGUGUUCUGGCAGGAAUCAAAUCUGAUAUAAAACAUUGUCACACAGAAAUAUGCAACAAUCAGUCAAAGAUGUUAAUAAAAGCUCAGAAACUAAGGAACCUCAAAGACACUGUGAUGUGUGAUAUUAAAAUCAGACACAAAAGAUUAAUUCAAAGUUUACAACAGCAGAAGAAACAUCUUUCCAACAUAGUAAACUUUGAACACAGAGCUGAACAGUUAGCAAACAGACCGCUAAAAUUUAUCAUGUUACAAAAGACAAUUCAUGUUCACAAGUUAAUGGACACGCCAAGUCUAAAAAAAAUUGCCCUGGUCUGCCUGAUUGAAGAAAUCAACGUAGAGAAUGUGACUGAUUUACUGGCUAAAAUCCAAAUAAUAGAGACAGGAAAAAGACAAGUGAGAAAUGAAUGUCUGCUGAAACUGAUGUCUACACCUGUAUUACACAGGUGUGUCAAAUUGCUAGGCAAAAUACAUGUAUUUCAUAUUUCCGGUGUGACACCAGACCGGGUCUGGAUCAGUGAUGGUGAUAAUUUUAUCUUGAUAAACUCAGAGGGUGACAUACUACAUCAUGUGACAGAUGUACCGAGCGUGUGGGGACAACACACUGUAAAUCUUACUGGUGAUCUUAUUUACAUAGACAGGGAUGGUAACAUUAUCAAACUCUCUAAAGAUAACAGAACAAAGUCUACAUUGAUAAAAAAAACAGAAUCAUGGAUACCACGGUGUAUCUACUCCUCCCACCUCAACGGCGAUUUACUGAUCGGAAUGUGGUCCUACAACACAGGCGUUAUAACACGCUAUAAUGACCUACGAUAUCAUAAACAGACAAUGCGGAAAGACAAUAAAGGCCAGGAACUGUAUUCUGAUCCUAUCUACAUCUCAGAGAACCGCAAUGGAGAUGUUAUUGUGUCUGACAUAGGCAGUGGUGCUGUAGUGGUGACAGAGAGUGGAGGAAGACAUCGCUUCUCCUACACAGGACACCCAUCAGGAUCCUGGCUAAGUCCACGAGGAAUCUGUUCAGACGCUCUGUCACACAUCCUGGUGUGUGAUUUUAUCACCGACACAAUACAUAUGCUUGACAGCGACGGUCACUUCCUGUUACAGAUACUGACACGACUACAAGGAAUAAAUGUACAAAUGGGCCUGAGUUAUGACGACAAAAGUCAUCUUCUCUGGGUUGGAUUAUCGUUCGGGGAAAAGAAAGUGCGUGUAUACAGAUACAUAGAGAGAUAUGACUAUUUACAAUACAUAACAAGUCAGAAUAUGAGAACAAAGUCUACAUUGCUAACGAGAACAGGAUCAUACGUGCCACUGUGUGUGUACUGUUCUUCAUCCACUGCAGAACUAUUGUUAGGAAUGUACAGAAGUGAUACAUCUACAUGGAGAGUAAAAGUUACACGGUAUAACCGCAUAGGGCAACAGAUACUUACAAUACAACACACAAAUACACAGGAACUGUACAGUCAUCCUGUGUAUAUCACGGAGAACCGCAAUGGAGACGUUAUUGUUUCUUACUUAUGCUUUGCUAUGGUGACAACGCGGGAGGGAAGACAUAGCUUCUUUUUCACAGAACACCCAUCAGGGCCGUCCUGGCUUAGUCCAAAAGGACUCUGUACAGACGCGCUGUCACACAUCCUGGGGUGUGAUGGUUACACUGACGUUGUACAAAUAGAGGACAAGGAUGGUGUUUUUCUAUCACUAAUACAGACACAUUAUCACGGAAUAGAAAUACCAUGUAGCUUGAGUAAUAAUGGCAUAACGCAUCAACUCGAGCUCUUGGUAGGGUCAUUGAACAACAACAGAAUGUGUGUGUACAGAUAUAUAAACAAACACGACUAUUCUACAGGUCCUUUUAUUUAA